AGCUACUGUGAUGUUAUUUAGAAAUAGUUUAAAAGGUAGCUUUGGUUAUUUAAGCAUAUAUAAGUGGUUCAUAGCAAUAGCAGUUAGCAUGUGAUGUUUUCUGGAAGUAUCUACAGCAGCCACUUCUGUUGCCAUGGUUACACCGCGUCCCAAACUUUGAAUGGUCAGCCUCGCGUUUUACCCCACCGUUCUUCUUGAUUCUGUAAAUUUUUCCAGCUUCCAGGAGGUGAAGGGGAAACAGAAGACGGCAAAAUGGUGCAGUUGCAUGUGAAAAGAGGAGACGAAAGCCAGUUUUUGUUCAACACUUCUGUGGACGCGCCUCUGGAGACCAUAAUCCACCAAGUUACUUCUAUUUACAAUGGGAGGCUCAAGGUGGAGAGAAUAUGUGCAGAAAUUGCAGAACUGGCAGAUCAUGGCAUCACUUUACCACCAAACAUGCAGGGCCUAACAGAGGAUCAAAUUGUGGAGCUGAAACUCAUAGAUGAAUGGGAAGAGAAGUGUGUUCCUAGUGGCGGUCCAGUGCUGAGGCAGGAUGAGAUAGGAAAGAGGAAUGGACAAGCUCCAAAUGAGAAAAUGAAAGAGGUUUUGAUGAAAACAGUAGAUGAAGCAAAAACGCUAAUUUCAAAGAAACAAAUCCAGGCUAAUGUGUGUGUCACUAUGGACAUGGUGAAAGAGGCUCUCGACCAGCUGAGAGGAGCUGUGAUGAUUGUUUAUCCCAUGGGCCUGCCUCCACAUGACCCCAUCCGGAUGGAGAUGGAGGACCGAGAAGACCUUUCGGGAACACAGGCGUCUCUUCAAGUUGUUCCUGAGGAGGACUGUCAGCUGUGGUGGGCUGCUAAAGAGAUGCAGAGAGGGAAAAAGCUCCAGGACUACAUAGGCAAGAACGAGAAGACAAAAAUUUUUGUAAAAAUUCAGAAGAAAGGCCAGGGGGCACCAGCGAGGGAGCCAUUGAUCACUGAGGAACAGCACAAACAGAUGAUGAUGCAUUACCACAGGAGACAAGAGGAACUCAAGAAACUGGAGGAGGCUGAUGACGACAGCUACCUGGACUCUGAUUGGUCGGAUAGACAGGCUCUCAAAAGACAGAUUCAAGGCUUAACCAACAUCAAAUGGGGACCAAGAUGAAGUCUAAAACUGGCACAUGUGGCAUGCCUCCAAACUGCUGCUCUGACUGUUC